AUGAAGAAAAUCCCUUGAAUGAGUAGGUGUGUCCAAACCUUUGACUGGUACCGUAGAUAUGGUCUCUCCAACCCUGUUCCUGGAGAGCUACCGUGUUGUAGGUUUUCAAUCUAACCUUAAUCGAGCGCACCUGAUUAUAAUAAUUAUCUAGUUGAUUAGCUAAAUCAGUUUAGCUACAAAUGGGGUUGGAGUGAAAACCUUUUGAGGGUUGUUCUCCAAGGACAGGGUUGGAGAGCCCCUGUACUUGAUCAGUGUUAUCCAAACUUGUUCCUGGCCCCCUGGGUGCACAUUUUUUUUUUGCCUAGCACUACACAGCUGAUUCAAAUAACCAAUUAAUCAUCAAGCUUUGAUUAUUUGAAUCAGCUGUGUAGUGCAAAAACUACACGGCCCCCUGGACCGAGUUUUGGAAACUCUGUACUAGAGAAAUAGGUCCACAGCAUGUAGAAUACAUGUAGAAUACAAAUAAUAUGUCAAUAGGAAAAAUAAUGCUUGUACCCCAACCUAAGUGACAGGACCGGUCACCCUGGUCAACUCCCCCUGUUGCUGUGGUCAGGUUACUGUUGUGGUCAGUCACAAUGAACAUCUCAGUAGAGGUGGCCAGAGGGGUCAACAAUGCCACCCUGGAGAUGCUGGUCAGUCCUGUGAUGACCGUGGCAGUGCCUGUUAUUUACCUGUCUGUGUUUGUGUGCAGUACCCCCUGCAACCUGCUGUCUCUGGUAGCGCUGCUGAACGUCCAUUACAAACGCCACACUCCCACGUCUGUGUUUGCCAUCAACCUGUCACUGGCAGACCUGCUCUACAGCGCCUUCCUGCCCCUACAGGUGUUAUACCACCUGUGGGGUAAUGACUGGCUGUGGGGCGCUGCCCUCUGUGGCCUCACCACCACAGCCCUCAACUGCAACAUGCAUUGCUCUGUCCUCACCACCUGUGCCAUCGCGCUCGAGCGCUACUGCGGUGUCGUACGCCCGCUACGCACCAAACACUGGCGCACCGCCCGGAGAGCCGCCAUCACCUGCGUCCUCAUCUGGGCAUUUGUUCUGAUUACUCAGACACCCUUGCUCCUCCGUGACCUCACCCUCCGGGUCGUCGAGCUAAACAUCACAACCUGCUUCGACGUACUUCCACGUAAACUGUUCAUUCACCAAUCAAUAGCCUAUCUCUACUUCCUAGUGGUUCUGCUGAUGUUCUACGUGUUACCUUUAGUCGUCCUGGUCAGCUGUUAUGUUGCCGUGGCCAGAGGCCUGCACAGGUCGUUGCCGACGGCAGCUGAAGGCAGUGACGGUAAGAGGGAAGUGUUGUCAAGGCGACGGGCUCAGACCACAGUCGCCUUAGCAACCCUGUGCUUUGUGGUGUGUUACCUACCAACCAUCACCCUUCAUGGCCUGCACGUAGUCUUCCACACCCAGGGCAAGAGCCUGUACAGAUACUAUAAACUAGCGCUGAGCAUCAACAGCCUCAACUGCUGCUUUGACCCGUUUGUGUACUACUUUGCGUCGAGGGAGUUCCGUCUGGCUCUGAGGAGGCUGCUGGGGCGGUGUGUCCCACUGGGAGAGGGGGAGGAGCUUGGGACCUCUGAGCUGGUGUCCAUGACUGGGGAGCCUAGGGAAUCUAAGGGCCACUACUAAGCAGUAGUUGAUCACUAGAUAGUCAUGCUGGAAUGGACAAAGUGUGCAAAUGACCCAAACUGUAAAUGCAAAAAAAUCUAUUUUGUUAUUUUAUGCACAGACCCUGUGCGGUCUUCAUUAUAAAGCUGUUUAUGCAAUUGUUGUCGAUGCUAAUUUUUAUAGUUAUUCUGCCUUCAUUCCGUUGACAUUUAUUAUUGAAUAAAUCUUAGACAUGCAUCA